GUCAGUACGAAGAAGAGCUGUCCGCCAUGGUUCUUCUACGAGGGACAGUUUUCCCCGGAGCUGCUUCCUUAUUUGCGCUGCUUGUGCUGUUGAGCGAAGCCCCACCCAAAGCCCUAUCCUCUGUGAUUCCCACACAAGAAUGCGGGACAAGGCCUGUUGUGGAUGAGAUAGCAACAGGGAAUCGGAUUGUAGGUGGACAUGAUGCUCAGCUUGGAGCAUGGCCUUGGCAAGUUAGUCUUCAAGUUUACCACUCUGGUGUAGGAUAUCAGCAUACGUGUGGUGGAUCUUUAAUUAACCACAACUCAGUGCUGACAGCAGCACAUUGCAUUAAAAAGUGGACGGACGCCGAGUACUGGAGGGCUGUGAUGGGAAUGCAUCAUCUUUAUAGAUACCAGCCUCAUACUGUGAAGAGCCGGGUCAGGGCUAUUAUUAUCCAUUCUGAUUUCAACAAGGACACCUUUGAGAAUGAUGUUGCGUUGUUUAAAACAGUGGACUCUAUCAAAUUCAAUGAGUAUAUUCAGCCCAUCUGCUUGCCUGACACUCCUCUUCAUGUGGCUGACGACACCCCAUGUUACAUAAGUGGUUGGGGAAAAACACUGGAGAAAGGUAGAAGCAGAGAUGUAUUACAAGAAGCAGAAGUAGACAUUAUUCCAAUACAGCUCUGUAAUAGAUAUGACUGGUAUGGAGGGGUAAUAAAAGAAGAGAUGCUUUGUGCUGGCUCUGAAGGUGGAGGUGUUGAUAGUUGUCAGGGAGACAGUGGUGGACCUCUUAUGUGCUAUUUUCCAGAUGCCACCAAAUAUUACCUGAUAGGAAUCACCAGCUUUGGCCUUGGCUGUGGCCAACCAAAACUUCCAGGAGUCUAUAUACGUACAGCUCGUUACAGGAGCUGGAUAAAAUCACAAGCUAUUCUGUUUGACAAAACCAUCAUUAUGAACAUUCCAUGUGCUCUCAUCUUUUUGACUGCAGGGUGCUUAAUCUUCCACAGUCUUCUAUGAAGAGGCAAAGUAUCUUAUUGUACUGAAACAAUAUCUGAUUCUUUUUAAACUUACUGGAUUGUAUCCAAUUGUGUCCCUCCAUUGAUUGAAGGCCUUUGGUGCAGCAAAGGCUUCCGUAAGCAGAAUGGGGAGUGGGAGAGUGGUUUUAAUUUAUUUUCCCCUUCCCUUUGUAGUCCCUCACAUGUGCUUCAGAAGAAAAGGAACACGAAGGGCUGCAGGAGAAAGAGAAUUUGCAAAAAUAACCUUUCCCCUUCUGCUCAAAUAGAUACCUUUUUUUCCUUGUUGUAACAAAAGAUAUUUAGUGAAAUUUUUAAACAAUCUGCUUUGUAAUUUUAUUAUUUGCUCCCCUGAAAUAACCCUUUAUUGUCUGCUGGGAUGUAGAGAAACCGUGUACAUGACAAAUGCUAAAU